AUGACCCUCACUCGUCCAGAUCAGGGUGGGAUUUUCAAGUGUGAUGGAGAAUUUGAGUCCGGAAAAACGGCUACUCAUCAAAUUGAAAUCCACGUGAUUCAGAGACCUACGUUUGUGAAGACAAUGGAUCUUGUGAAGGAAGUUCACGAGGGCCAAAAGGUAGAAUUCAGCUGCCUAGUCAAAGGAAUACCACCACCAACUAUUAGAUGGAUUUUUGGAAACCAGGAUGUCAAAAAUAUUAAGGAAAGGCAAAUACUGGUUGAAAAUGGAAGGCUGCUGAUAGAGGACACCCAAUUUUCAGAUGCCGGUGUUUAUGUCUGUGAGGCAACCAUUGAAGAACGGAAUGAAGUGGCUUUUGCAAACUUUACGCUCAACGUUCAAUUUGCUCCUAAAAUAGAGCUCCUUACAAGGGUACCUUUGGUCACCCAGACUGGGAAUCCCAUCCAAAUCAACUUCACCAUCCUGGCCAACCCCUCACCUUCUGUCUCCAUUGCUUGGAAGGAGAAGAUUUUUGAAGAUGAUACCAUCAAGAAGAUAGCGCAGGACCAACACCGAUAUUUCUUCCUCUUUGAGGUUACACCAUCAUCACAAGAGGACAUCCAGGAACUCGUUAUAACUGCUGCUAAUGAAGUGGACAGCACUGAGAAGAGAGUUCCCUUUGAAAAAGAUGGAGGCUUGGGAUGGCCCAGCAUUUUGGCAAUUGUGUUGGCAAUUCUGGUGCUCCUCUUGCUGAUAGAUGCCUUGUGUUAUUACAAGCGCCGGUGUGGCUUCUUAAUGUUCUGCAAAAAGAAUAUUCUGUGUAAGGGGUCUACAACAGGAGCUGAGAACAACGGGAAAAUUCUCUCAAAAUCAGGAAAAAGUCCUGUUGUGAACAUCUCUGGUUCAGAAGCUUGAUUGGACCAUAGCAAUGAGAUCAGCUGAUGAAAUGUUGACUUUCUGCAACAAUGUUUGGAUACACUGGGCAUAGAAAAGGGAGUUUCUCCUCUUUAUUAUACCUCCCACUAUUUUUCUACCCUUAUUAUCACCUUUAAUGGAACUGUUCCUCUACAAUUAGUGGCAGGUAACAUCCAUGAUGGGCUAAAAUCCUCUGCCCACAAUUAGGAAUUAUCCUUUCUUCUAUAGAUAGGGCCAAAAUACAUCAUUACAUCGAUACAACAUUAUAUCAAUACAUCACAUCCAGAACAAUUUUGCUUUUCAACUAUGGUUUUUUUUUAAAGUUUACCUUUAAUAUAUAGGGGGUUUAUGAUACUUUGUUACCCCACUAUGUAUUUAUUGGUUUAGCCAAAGUUGUGGUCACAUUGUUUGUACAUAAGGCACUUUUUAUUGAUGUAGCCUUUUUCCAAUCAGAGUUUUUGAAUGGCAUUGAAAUAAUCCAUAUCAUAAUAGCAGCGCAAAUAAAAUAGUUGUUAUUUCCAAUUAAAUAUCAAUAUGGAUUGAAUUGGGGCUGAAAUACCUGGAAAUGUACCUAUAUUCACUUGAUAUGCAGCAGGUUAGGGGUUGAUACCAAAUAACCUCUCAAAAUAAGCUAAAGUUGAAACAUUUUGCUAAGAGAACAUCAAACCAAGAAGAGAAUAAUUUGGGCAUUUGGUUAUAGAAAAUACUAGAUAACC